ACUCAAAAAAAUAAUGGGCUCUUGAGCCCAACGGCGCCACCACCCGCGGACCGUCUCAGCUAUACGUUUGGACUCGAUCGAGGCUCUAUGAUGAUGAUGAUGAUAGGUUGGGAUAUGGCCUUGAGAAAUUUCAGAGGAGGAUUAUGAUGGAUAAUUUCAGCCAAAUUGCAACGACAGGUUGGAGGGCGAAACUGUAAAAUUGCGGGGAGGAUGACAAGCCUCUGACACGUUUAGGCGAGGACCGCUUUUUUUUGUAUGUAUGUAACCCGGGGAUUUCUUUGCCCUCGUUUUUUUUUGGGUUUCGUUGGCAGCUUUGUAGAGCGAGCUGGUGUCGAGACAGGAGACGGACCCAUCGCGUGUGUAGAUUCAUGGUGUCUCUUUGUUCAUCGUCACUCAUACAGCUCAUCGUCGCAUAGCAUCUCGAGUCUCGACCACACCCACUCACCCCCUGCUCGCUCCUGUCUCAGAUACGCUCAUCGCACUGGACAGACGCUGGCGCUGAUAGUCCACACUGAAAAGGUACGCCUUCACAUCCUAGCCCUCUUUCGACGUUUCACCAGUUCAACGAAUGACUCACCACGAUCUCCCAAAUCACGUUGCUUGACUUGUCGCCCCCCCGGGUACCUCGACCAACAGCUUGUCCGUGUCUCGCUUGUUCUCCUCGCACCCUUGUCAUUUGAUCACGAGGACAGCCUUUUCCCGAUAAUACGUUCUUGACCGACGGGACGGUUUCGCCGCUCACCUCUCCUGACAUGGGCACUCUCUACGCCCAGACGCAGGGGC